AGCUGACAAAUCUCCCAUAACAACAUGAUUUUUGCUACUCUUUCAUCUGCCUUUCUCCCCUACAGGAGGUUAAUUUGCCAAAACAUUGAUUUUCAAAUCUGUAUGGAAACUGGGAGAUAGAAGGGAAUUAAGCAAAUGUGUCUGCAGAGCAAAGAUAAUCAGUCAUGUAUUCGGGCAUAUCAUGUUACCUUCUGUAAACUAACUUGUUGCCACUUCCCUUUGUGCAGUUGAGAUAAAAAAAAAUCCCUUGGAAACACACAAAGAGGAAAAACAAGUUCCCUUUUCCUGCAUUCAGCUAGGCGAUCUAGAAAGUGAAGAGUGCCUGCAUUCAAAUCUAAAAGGGACAAUUCAAAGAGGAUUCGCCAGUUGUUUCAAGCAAUUUCCACAUUAUAUAUUGGUGGACAAAUUCUUAAACCCAUGGAACCUGACAAUAUUAGUCAUACAUCUGUGUCAGCUGUUUAUACCAAUUUUGUGCUGUAAAGGCAAGGAUGCAAAAAUGGAUGAUGAAUUUUGUAUAGCAGAAGAACAAUGUCAUGAACUUAGUGGAACGAAACAAUGGGACAAGAAUUCAUGUUCAGUUAGAAAGAGUGAGACAGAAGAUGUCUUUUCAUCCCAAAAGAUCUCAUCCACAACAAGCAUGAACCCACAUGCCAUCACCAGGAGGUGUGACUUUAAAGCUAACCCACACUUACUACAAGUUCCAUCAGUGGAGGAUGAUGAUGUUGACAUCACACUGUGCCAGUUUGACAGGCAUGCUCCAGGAAGGAUUUCAACUUCUCCAACUUUGAGGAGGCUACGAAGCAGUACGUCAUCACUGUCUCAAGUAUUUCCACUCCAAGAUAGCACUGAGAGCACAACAUUAUGCAGUCCAUUGACACAAAAUGAUUCUUUAAUUCGUGUUAGCCAACGUCCUCUCAAAUGUUCUCAGAGUUGUUCUUCCUCCUACCCCAGCCUCUGCAACAAUUCACUGUCAAACACGCCAUCCGUUGACCCUAUAUCAUUUCAACCGCACAUGAAAGAUGGUUUCUGUGAUGGUCACAUGCCACAAUAUACUACAGAGAACAACUCUUCUUUCCUUUCUGAGGAAAACCAGAAUUCUCAGGAAUAUGGUCAGGAAUUAGAUUUACAUAAACCUAGUAGUCUUUAUAGCUCACCAGAACGCAGGCAUAGUUCAGUGGUGGUGAGUUUGCCCGGAUUUGAAAUGUUCCCAGGAGACCUGUUGAUAUCAGACAGUGCAGCAAAAUUCCUCUAUCAUCCAGCAUCUCUACAAAGCUCAGAGUCCAAAAAGCCCAGGUGGCCAUUUGCUAAAAGAGGAACUAGUAAAGACAAACAAAAACAAAUAUCAGAUUUGGAAAAUUAUCUUUCAACUCUCACAAUCAAGAUGUUGAAGUGUGACGACUAUGAAUUUAACAGUGUUAAGAGCAAGACUUGGCAAGAAAUCGUGGAGAUGUAUCAGCUUCAACCACGAGCCACUGAUGAUCGGUUAGAUGCAAAAAAGAAAGAAGCAGUAUGGGAGCUUUUCACAACUGAAUGUACAUAUUUUCUUGAUCAUCUACUGGUUCUCAAAAUGAUAUUUAUGGAUACCUUGCAGAACCUGAAAAGCAAGGCAUUCCUCCUUGAUGUAGAUUCUGGACUUCUUUUUGCAAACCUGGAAGAGUUAAAUCAGGUGAGCCUGAAUUUUGUAAACAGUUUCUUCACCGCUAUAAAGAAGCGCCUCAACAAACUAACACCAUCCAUAGAUUUCAUUGCCAUUCUCAGAAAGUAUUUCCAAGGCAACCUGUGCCAGAGCCAUGAAGUAUACUGCCUAAAUUACACCUCUGCUAUCUUUUACUUGGAAAAACUGAAGAAAAGAGAAGACUUUGGGGUCUAUUUGAAAUGGUGUGAACAGAACGAGCGCUGCAAACGUCUCCAUCUCUCAGAAUUGCUAGUUGCACCUUUACACAAAUUAACCCGCUAUCCCCUCCUCUUGAAGAACAUCUGGAAAAACUCUGAGACAGCAGAGAAAGCAAUAAUUGGUUCACUGAAGGAAAGGGUGGAAAAAUCUAUACGAGAUUUGGAAGGGAAAGUGAAAUGGUUGGACAGCUUCCAGAAAUUUAAGCAGCUUCAGGAAAUUAUAAUUUGGCCUUCACUUUGGGAUCAAGACAAACGAUUUUUUGUUCCUGAGGGUCUCAAGAAUAUGCUAAGGGACAAUCCCAGUGAAAACAUCUUGUCACCAAUGAAGAGAUCCCUUGUUCAUGAAGGGAGAUUAACUCUUUCAGAACAUAUGAAGCUUACUGAUGUCUACUUGUUUCUAUUUGAUGAUCUGCUGCUGAUUACAAAACCUAAUCGGCAGAAAAAGAAAUCUGGAGGUCCUGAUUUGAGUGUAAUCCCUGCCUGCCCUUUCUUUUCUCUGGAGUUGAAGUCUUUGCUUGAAGAAGGCAGUUCAUAUAUGGUGCUUGAUCAGCCAAUCCCAUUAGAUAGACUGGUUGUAAGAAAUAUUGAUCCAUUCCACAUAACAGACCUCAGUGGAGGUGGGUACAUGUUUGCUUAUGGACUUCAGUGAGUACAAAUAUACUUUAUUUAUUUCGUGUCAAAAGCAUUGCAUAACAAAUACAUUUUAAAAUGAUGGGGGAAAAAGGAAAGAAAAAAAAGGAGCCUCCCCGAAGAUUGAGUAAGAUUCAGUCGGGCAUCCCCUGGGCAACGUUUCUUGUAAGCGGCCAAUCUUUCCACACCCAAAAGCAUUGGAUGAAUGGAUGAAUACCAAAGGUCUUUAUCAAGACCAUUGCUAACGAUUAUGUCUAUUAAUAUAGAAGGUUUGUCACUUGCUAAGGAAGAACUAUUAGCCAAAAUGUCUGAGGACAUUUCGUGUGACAUCCUAUGUAUACAGGAAACACACAGAGACAUCACAAUGAGAAGACCAAAAAUUCUUGGAAUGCAACAAAUAUACUUAAAGACUAUGGACUGUUGAUUAAGAAUGAUACUGUGUACUCAACACAGAGAAGCUAUAUACAGUAGAGUCUCACUUAUCCAACAUAAACAGGCCGGCAGAAUGUUGGAUAAGCGAAUAUGUUGGAUAAUAAGGACAGAUUAAGAAAAAGCCUAUUAAAUAUCAAAAUAGGUUAUGAUUUUACAAAUUAAGCACCAAAACAUCAUGUUAUACAACAAAUUUGACAGAAAAAGUAGUUCAUUACACAUUAAUGCUAUGUAGUAAUUACUGUAUUUACGAAUUUAGCACCAAAAUAUCACAAUGCAUUGAAAACAUUGACUAGAAAAAAUGCGUUGGAUAAUCCAGAACGUUGGAUAAGUGAGUGUUGGAUAAGUGAGACUCUACUGUACUAUCUAACUGCUGGUCGUGAGGUCGCCCUGAACUUUAAUAAGAAAUGUGCCUGUAUGGUGAAUUAAUACAAGAUGUUUGUGAGUAAACAAGAUAUUAUUUUUCAAAGAAGAAUUUGCUUUUUAUCUCUGAGUGCAUAUUUUAAACUAAGAGAUUUCAAGGGAGUGUAUAUCUUUUGGGCAACUGCAACUGCAAAGAAACAUCUUUUAAAAUUCUGCCAACCAAAUAUAUUUUUGUAGUGGCAUGCCUGUGUCCUUCACAAUUCAAAGACAUGGUUCUUCAGUUUAACAGCUGAGUCACCUGUGUGCCAUUACAUGAAUGUUUGUGAAUAUCAUUUGUUCAAAGAGUUUUAACAAGGUCAUGCUUUUCUUGAUUACUGGUUUUCAGAAGGUCUCCACAUAUUCAUGGAGAUUCACAUCUGCCAAAAGGAUAUGUGCCCAGAGAUUGGGUGCAGUUAUUUUCCAAUAAAUACAAAAGCUAUCUAAUCUAUUUCCUACCAGUGCAAGGAUUCUGGCUACCGGUUACAUUUGCUGAAAUAUUUAAUAUUGCAGAAGACCUCAAUUCCUUAAAGUUAAUGAGAUGUGGUUAUCCGCUCUAUACCUUACCUGUAGUUAGAAAUCCCUGUUUAAAUACAGGCAGACAUUUAUAUUUUAUGGAGAUCUGGAGUGAAAGCUGUGUCUUAUGUCUCAUUUAUCUCCUUAGCUUUUGGACUACGAAAUGCUUUUCUAAUACAGCAUGAAAAUAGAUAUCAGCAGUGCAUAGCUGCCUUCGUACUACAAGCACAGACUGAUUCUGUCAAG